UUCUUAUUAAGAUAACACACAAUUUGACCCGUGACAAAAAGUCCCCUAUAGUAACGAAAAUCAUUAUAUAUAGUGGCUGGUGUAAUUCCUGAACCAAUUUCAUCAAUUUUCGCCACUGAAGUAACUCUAUAUCCAAGACUAAGCAUUCACUAAAUUUUGCUGAAAGAUCUUUCAUAUUAACCGAUAUAUACGGUAUAAAGCCUACCAAAAGAAAAUCCAAUUAUUAGCUAUAUGGAAGCUAGGGUAAGUAUAGAGGCCAUUUUACCCAAGAGAAAAUCAUACAGCGAGUUUAGUUCAAAUUAGUCGAAUGCAAAGAAAAUAUUCCAUCUGAAUUUCUAUACUAAUAUCUAAAAUAUUGUCCAAUUUAAAUUUUUAGAUCACUUUGUUUGAGUGGUGGACGUGAUUAUUAUCCGAUUGCAGAAAUUAUACAUAGCGAAUUCACUUUUAUAGCUUAAUUUUGGGCUUAGUUAAAGCAUUUCAUAGUUUUUCGUUUAACGAUAUUUUGUGGGCAUGGUUCAUUAAGAUAUUUUUAUUUUUACAAUAGUUAUCGCUUGGACAGAUAUAUGUAUAUCCGGAUAUCAAGACGCCUGUCAUCUUCAUUAAUGUGAUAUAUGUCUAUAACUCCAUAUCUAACUUUUUAGGUUAACAAAACUAUUAUACUCUGUGUAACAUAAGGUCAUAGUAUACAAAUAAUAAAUACAGACACUGCAUUACGUUAAUGAAUGAUAGGAAAAGACAACAUAGUAUUAUACAUUCAAGGUUUUAAGAAUGUGUAUAUAUUAGUUGUGUAAAUAUUACAAAAUACAGCGGGACUUGAUUGAACAUACUUCUAUUAGUAUAAUAUAACCUUUUUAAGCAUAAAUAACAUAUGUUCUUAUUAUUUUGUGACUUGGGAAUAUGCAUUAUGCACAUAUGAUGUACUUCUAUAUCAUAUUUCAAAUGAAAACCAAUUGCGUUACCGUCGUACCGAGUACAGCACAUGCAUUGAUAUACACUCAGUUUUGAAUUAAGGGGUUAGGGGUAGUCAGAGACACAAAAAAUGAGAAUUUUCAGUAAUUUUUUUUUUGCUAUUAAAUCAUGUUAUUUUACAAUUUUUUUGACUUAAAGUCACGAAAAUUAAAAAAAAAAAUAUUAGUGUCUGUGUUGACCCAGUUUCACAAAAAGGUCCUUGCGGUGACAAUCAUAAGUCCUUGGAGAUUCAUCUGUAAUCAAUCGGAUAAGAAAAAAUUAGUUUUAUAAAUAGAAAAUCCUAGGCCUGAACCAAACUUUUUUUUCAAAAAUUUAACAAACAAAUUUUUUUCUAGAUUUUCGGGAAAAAAUCAGCAGUUAAAAAUCUUUUCAAAUCAUAGUUUUGAGAAAAAAGCAUUUAAAGAUUCACACUAGAGUGCCCGAGCGCUCGUUGUUAUUUGUCGAAUAACUCUAAAGCAAUUAUCGGAUAAACUUCAAAAUUAACGAAAAUGCGAAAUAAAAUGGUUUUUCGAAAAUCAUACCCCUAACCUCUUAAAUCUUCACAAUUUCUUAAAUUAGAGAAAUGCCUUAUUAAAUAAGGAGCACUCAUCAAUAACUAAUUCGAGUGUUUUUCUCCCCAGGAAAAGCUUUAUUAGUUAUAAUACAUUUGUUAAUUUAAUUUCCUCACGCGAUAUGUUGUAUUCAUUUGGAAACAGCUAUAUUUAAUUACUUACUUUUAGAUUCAACACUCGUACUAUUUAAAGUAUUUCUUGAAUUAAAGACGCAUCACAUAGUACAUAAAUACUUAUUUAUGUUUGAUGACUAAAGGCGGAACAAAAAAGCGACUUCUUCGCUAUUUUCAAAAAUUGUUAAUUUACAGAUGUCUUUUACAGUGAUCCUCUGUAACCAAUUUAGGUCUUGUGGACAUGUUAAUAAUUCUAAUUCACCCAUUUGCAAUGCUAUCCUCCUCAGAGCGCCAAGGAGCACUUGUACCAAGUUUUAUUUACAUAUAUCAUCUCGGGAAUUUUAUUCUAUAUUUAUCUCGAUUUAUUUUAGGUGUUACAAACUACCGAUAAGUGAACAAAAGUAUUAUACUCUGAGCAACAUGUUGCGAAAGUAUAAAUAUAUCUGAACGAUUACACAAUUAGACUAGUAUGAACUUUUAUUUUCUAUUUUUUGAUUGGUAAAGUUUUAAUAGCAUGCAUACACGUUUUAAAAUAAAUAAAGAAAACCAAUAAAAAAUAUUUGAGUAAAGAGUAUAGCACUGUUUUAAUUAAGUUAGUAAGAAUAAAAUGUCUUGGAGAGUACGUCACUUUUUGAAACAAGUACGGGAAAAUAAAGGUGAUGAGUGUAAUAAAAUAUUGGCGCAAAACAAGGAUAUUUUCAAUGGGACAGGCCAAUCAACCAUAGAUGAGCAGUCUGAUACAUUAUAUGGAUCACCGAAGCAUAAAGAAACGGAGAACAAUAAACCACUAACCACACCUGUUGAGGCCAAAGAAACUAAGGAUUUCAACAUUUUGUCACCUCUUAGUACAAGUUUGGAGAGUCGCUUCAGUCCUUUCACUAGUCCUAAAGGUAGAUAUAUCAAUUGGACUACAAAACAUAGUGAAUUGACCACACAACCUUGGUGCUGCAUUAGCGACGUUAUAAAUUUUUGUGAUAAACAUGAAUACCAAACACUACAGUUUAGCGAUCCCAAUGUAAAAAAUAAAAUUGUUUUUGAGGUCAAAGCUCUCUUAGCUGGUGGAAUAGCUCCUUUCGACAUAUGUAAACGUUUCCCAGACAACAUACGAAAGCCAGAAGAUUUGUGGAUAUGUAUUAGUCGUUGUGCCAGUGUGGAAUAUCAUCUCCAACAAAUGUUAAGCCUGUUCCGUAGAUCUCUUGCACACCUGCUAGCCGAUAAGCUACGAGUUUUAAAACAAAAUUUUCGUUUGGCGGUAAAUGAAUUACGUUUGGAUAUAUCAGCUCACAUUAGUUCAGUUAACCUGUAUGACCGUAAUAUAUUCGAACAUGAAUUUCAAUUACGAUGGGAAGACACGGUCGACUAAAGUAUGGAAAAGUAAUAGUAUAGUAUAACUUGAAAUUAAAAUAUUUUGUUUAUUGUUUUAAUAAAAGUGUUGCAUAUUUUUUCUGG